AUGAAUUGUAAUUAAAUAUUUAUUGAUUAACUGAGAUGUCCAGAUCUAUAUACAAAGAAUUAACAUGCUUCACUUAAUUGUCCUCCAAAAUACUCAUAGAGUUUUAUAAUGAACUAAAUAAUCCAUAAACCUAGAAUUUUAAGGAAUUAAUAUAGUGUAUAGAAAUAUUCGACAUCAACUGAAGACCUAGGUUAAUCAUUUGAAUAACCUCAAGUGUUGAAUUUAACAAUAUCAUAAUUAAGAGAUUUGAAAUCUAUUAAUAAAACAAAAAAGACUAGUUUAUGUUCAAAGUCUAAAAGUAAGGAAAAAAAUAUAUAAAUGACUGAAUAAUAUCAUGACAGAAAAAGAUCAAAUACUUAUCAUAUUAAUUCUCUAGCUAAAACAGCUUUGUUAUUUAUAAAUCGUUAAAAUAAGAGAAUGAAAACAAUUGAAAAUAAUGAUAAUCAUUUUGAUAUCAAAAAUUUAGAAUUAUUACAAAGUACUUAAUAGAGUGUUAAAAAUAAUAAUAUAAAUACAACUAUAAUGUUACCAAAUUACAAUUAUGAAUCAACUUUACAUUCUUGUGUUUCUUAAGUAAACAUCUCUUUGGCAAAUUAAAUCAAUUUGGUUAAAGAAUAUGUAUCUGAAAUUAAUUAGUAUAAUAUUAAAUGGGUAGAAUCAGAAAAAAUAACAAAAAAUAUUCCAAAAAAAUUAUUAGAAAAAUAUGCUAUUUAAGAUGAUACAUCAUUGUAUUUAGAAUCUUCAAGAUUUAAAAUCGAAAGAAAUUUCAAUCAAAUUUAUAAAGCAGGCAAAUUUAGAUGGUUAUAUCCUGGUGAAGAAGCAGCUAUUAUAGAAAGUAUAGAAUCUUUUCUUGAUGAUUGUUAAAAAAAGAUAUCAUUAUUGAUGAUGAGCAUAUAGAAAAUUUUAAAAACAAUUAUUACUUAAAAGAGAUUAGAAUAUUUAUUUAAUUAUCCAAUUUGUAUGAAAUAAAUUGAGUCUCAUUGGAAAAUUAUGGCAACAAUUUUUAAAUUAUAACAAUAGCAUCGUAAUUAUAAGAAUUAAAUGACAAAUAAAUUAUGGAAAGAUAUUCAAUCAUCAAAAACAUUAUUUUUAGAUUUAAAUCUAGAGAAUAAUAAAUUGACUCAUUUUGUCAAAUAAUUAUACCUUUGA